UCGCGCGGUGUUUUAACGUUUCUGUGUGUUGGUAAACGCUAAAUUUGAGGCUUGCGCAUCCUCGCGAUAGCAAAUGGUCACCUCGCGACUGGCAGUGGUCUGCGGUGCGCGAUUCGAUUUACAUCUCGUUAAUUUGUGCGUGUACUGGACAGCCUAGCGCUACUCCUUUGCUACAUUAGGAAAAGGUCAGCAAAGUGGCAAAGUAGUGAUUCAACGCAGCGGCGUUUACUACCCGUCAGUCACCGUGUGGCAAGGGCAGGGAUUUUCUGUUAUCUGCUUCAGUCGGGCGGCAGAAGGUCGGACGGCGUUGCCACAACUCUGCUGACGGUAUUGCAAGCGCACGGGUACGGGUUGUUUCUGUGGAUGUUCAGUAGGGUCUAGGACUGUUAUGUGCGUUACCGCUUAUUUCCGCCACGUCCUGGACGCUGCCACUACCACGCACCAGUAACCGCGUCUGUUUGUACUUGAAGUCAAGCCUGCUUACGUUUACGAAGCGCCCAAAAACGACCGCGUUCGGGAUUUGCAGCUUAACCUAAUGUGCGGCAAGAGGUGGCGUAGAGAACCAGCGAGAAAGGAUACACCGUGUCAGGGUGGCGAAGAAAAUCGAGCUCCGGGUGCGCUUGACCCGAAAGCGGAUGAUGACAGACUGGUGCUCUGACAUGUGCUGCCACUAGACUAGGCUAGUUGGUCCAUCGGUAGAACAGUGAAACACAAGUUCCCACACAGAAACACAUAAACAUUCGUACGGCAUCGUUAGCCAUGGAUAACUUCGAGCCGAUUCUGGUCGAUGUCGACUGCAGCCGGUACGAGGAGGAUGCCUUCUCGCUGCUCGAUAAAUCGCGCGAGGUUAACGUCGUGCGGGACCUACGCUCGUCGACGGUGUCGAUGUUCGAUCAGACGAGCUUUCCGCAGCUGAACAUCUCAUCGCGCACCCAGCUGAAGCAGCAGCUGUACCGGGAGCAGACCAAAAACAGUGAACCCCGGGCACGGCCGCCGCCGCCCGGAGCACCGGGGCCGGGGCCACUCGUGCUAUCGGUGCAGUUCCCGCUCGAAAGCAUCGACAUCGAGCUACCGAAGAAGGUGCUGCAGGUGGAGACGAAGCUCGAGAACCCGACGCGCUACCACGUGAUCCAGAAGCAGAAGACGCAGGUCCGCGAGUACGUGACCACCGCGCUCAAGCUCAAGAAGCAGAACCUGGUGCGUGAGUCGUGCCGCCACACGCGGCUCAUGAUCCUCGGUCGGCUCUACGACUCCUUCAUCGGCGCGAAACCCCAGGUUGGCCAGUUGGCCCCGGCCGGGUUGGUGGUGGGUCCCGGGAGCGUCGGUCCGGUCGCGCCAGCCCAGCUGCCGAACGGCCCAGGUGGCCCAGCUGGCGUGAAGGAAGGGCGAACUGUGGCGGGUGCCGGGACCGGAGUACCGGGUCCGCCGACUCCACACCAGCCGCUCGGGACGCCGGCAUCGGCGAUGCCCGGGGCCACGGAACAGCAGUCCGAGUGGCGCCUGGAGAUGAAGCUGUCCUGUCGGUUCGGCAACAAGCGGUACCGGACGUUCGUGGACGAGUUCGACUACGUGCGGGACCUGCUCGGGCUGAUCCGGUUCGAGAUCCCCAAGUGGCUGUUCGUGGUGUCGGAGUUCGAGGAGGAGAUCUCGUCGUACGAGUGUAGCCGGGCGGCCCGGGCCGCCCAGCAGCUGCUCCAGCAGCAGCAGCUACAACAGCACCAGCAGCAGUACUCCAGCGACCAGGAGUACCUGCUGCGCCAGAGCGUGGCCGGCGAGAAGGGCGCCAAGCACGAGAAGUUCAUCGAGCCGGAGGUGCGCGAUCGGAUCAAGAAGGACAACCACAACUGCAGUAGGUAUCGGGAAGCGGGAUCCGGGGGCCCCGUGCUCGACCCGUGCUGUCAAGUUUUACCGUGCGCGCGAUGGCCGCUUUUGACGGCUGUCCAACUGCUGAAGUGCCGUGCUGGCGGAUGAACGAUUAUUUCUACCAAGGCAUUGUUAUUGUGAAACGUGGCGCGCGCCAUCACCAGGGCGCACGUAGCUCCUCGUAGUUUUUGACACUUGUCUUUUGCAGAGCGCCGGAAACGUGGCUCGGGGCCUCGAAACCCCCGAGCCCAACGAGCGUACCUCUUUCGCUUUCUCUCUCUUUUUCUUUCUCUCCUUCCGCGAGCCCGAAAACCCCUCGGCACAAGGUCAGGACAACAACUGCGAGAAUUCGGCGGACCGGCGAGUACUGACGAUGGUGGAUGGGGCCACAACAAACAACAACAUCGACGGCGAGUGGACGACAGGACGCGGCGCGCUGUUACAAUCCCGCAACCUGAUAGCCAACUGU